AUGCUGAGAGUACUCCCGUUGGUACGAUUCUCUAAGCGCAAUAUUUCAGUUAAAGAGAAAUUGAAAGAUUAUAAGUUUCCAGAGGUGAAAAAAGAUGAUUGCGAACAAAAGUAUAUAUCAGGGUGGGGCCCAGGGGGUCAGAAGGUAAAUACUGCGCAGAACGCUGUACAACUAAGACACAUACCUACUGGAUUAGUGGUGAAGGUACAUGAAUCAAGACUGCUACCCAAGAAUAUAGAUAUAGCAUUUGAGAGAAUGAAAUUCAUACUAGACAGACAUUUCAACGGAGACAAUUGUUACGAAGAGCAGUUCAAGAAACUGCAAAAAGCCAAAGAGCAAAAAGCCAAAAAACAAAGAGCUAAGAAUCGACAGAUGAAAGAGAGCCAAGAAGAAAAUCCAGAAGAUCAAAGUUGCAAUACAUAG